UCGAAGGGUGGAGAUAUGUGGCUUCCUGGACCAUACGUAUGGGCACUAUUCUUUAUUUGGGUCACUCACUCGAUCUACAGAUGGUGCAACCCAAAGUGCAGUACUGGGAAACUGCCGCCGGGUUCAAUGGGGCUCCCCCUUUUAGGAGAGACCCAUCAUUUCUUUGCUCCUAAUGUCACUUUGGAUGUUUCUCCGUUUGUGAAAGAAAGAGUUGAAAGGUGUGGCCCCAUUUUCAAAACCAGCUUGGUGGGCAGGCCUAUAGUGGUCUCAGCAGAUGCAGAUUUCAAUUGCUUUCUGUUUCAGCAAGAAGGCAAGCUGUUUGAGAGUUGGUACCCUGAUACAUUCACUGAGAUUUUUGGUAGGCAGAACGUGGGAUCACUCCAUGGUUCUAUGUAUAGGUAUUUAAAGAACUUGAUUUUAAAUCUCUUUGGCCCCGAGAACCUCAAGGAAAAGCUACUCCCAGAGAUAGAAACCGUCGCUCACAGAAGCUUAGAGUCGUGGUGUGCGCUUCCCAGUGUAGAACUCAAGGAUGCAACUGCUGAUUUGAUAUUUGAACUGGCCGCUGAGAAGCUGAUAAGUUAUAGCCCUUCAGAGGAUCUAAAGACCCUAAGGAAGAAUUUUUCUGCGUUUAUUGCUGGCUUGAUUUCCUUCCCACUUCGUAUUCCUGGUACCGCUUACUAUAAAUGCUUGCAGGGGAGGAGGAAGGUUAUGAAAAUGUUGAAGAAUAUGAUGCAUGAGAGACUUGCAGAGCCAAAAAGAGUUCAUGGAGAUUUCUUUGACAUUCUUGUGGAGGAAGUGAAGAAGGAAAAGCCGGUCGUGACAGAAGCCAUGGCGUUAGACCUGAUGUUUGUCUUGCUCUUUGCUAGCUUCGAGACGACCUCCUUGGCUCUCACUCUGGGCGUGAGGCUCUUGACGGAGAACCCGGAAGUGGUGGAGAAACUGAGGGAGGAACACGAUGCAAUUCUAAGGAACAGGGAAACCAAGGCCUGUGGAAUUACUUGGAAAGAGUACAAAUCCAUGGCUUACACGUAUCAGGUUAUCAAUGAAAUGGUCAGGCUGGCAAACAUCGUCCCUGGCGUUUUCAGAAAGGCACUACAGGAUAUCAAAGUAAAAGGGUACACCAUUCCAAAGGGCUGGGGGGUUGUGGCAUGUCCUCCUGCAGUGCACUUGAAUCCUUCUAUAUUUCCUGACCCCCUCUCCUUCAAUCCAUCCCGCUGGGAGAGUUCGGAUCUCGACUCCAAGAAUUUUAUGGCUUUUGGUGGUGGAAUGAGACUCUGUGUCGGAGCAGACUUCGCUAGAAUUCAGAUGGCAGUAUUCCUACAUUGUCUGGUUACCAGAUUCAGCUGGAAGGUUGUCAGGGGAGGAGAGACAGUCCGAACGCCUGGCUUGGCAUUUCCAAAUGGUUUCCACAUUCAGCUCUAUGAAAGAAAGGGAAAAGUUUCUGAUCAUUCAAUUUCUCCCGACUAGAUGUUUGGUGGCCUGGAAGCAGAAGAAUCUACAAGGAAAAGCAUGCAAUACUGAUCCAGCAAACGUACAUGAUGGUGGAACCACUGUUUCUGGGGGAUGUAAA